ACGUGACUGUAAAGUGCUUGAUUUGUCAGACGCGUUCUAGAGAACACAAAUCCGCGUGAAGGAGGAGGCCACGUGGAGUUGACCUCAACCCGUUGAUGCUCAUCGCCUUCCCAAUCAUUUCCAUGGAGGCGGCUUCAACGGUUUAACCAUUGCCAUAUGUUUCUCUCUCAUCCACUUUCCUCCCUCUCCUCCAUCAUCUGUGAGAUAUCCCCAAAUUCCCCAUUCUUACAAUUUAUUGCCAGUUUCGUAAAAAUUAUCCAAAAUGUCAUCUUUAGACAGCCGGAAUUUUGAAGAAGGGCAAAUUAGCCAACCUGUAAGCCUUGCCGUCAAUGUUUCUAGUGGUACAUAUUCGAGUCACGGAAACAAUCUUUCAAGAAAUGGGACAAAGGUUUCCGACGUCUUACCCUCUUCGGACGUCGUUUCUGCCGGAGCCUCGUCCAAACAGUUGCCCUUUUCAAACAAUCAGAAUCCAAUCGAUGUUGGUGAGAUUGAGUCUGAGGGCACCUGUCGUUCCUUUUCACUGGAUGAGGUACAAAUAGCGACAAACAAUUUUGAUGAUGCAUUAGUUAUCGGGAUCGGGGGCUUCGGUAAGGUAUAUAAAGGGUUCAUCGAUGAUAGUGCUACGAUGGUUGCCAUAAAGCGGUUGAAUGCCGAGUCCAAGCAAGGUGCGGGAGAGUUUUGGAUGGAGGUCAAGAUGCUUUCGAAGCUCCGGCAUGCUAAUCUCGUUGCGCUAAUCGGCUACUGCAACGAGUGUCAAGAGAUGAUUCUUGUUUAUGAGUAUAUAGCUCUCGGGACCCUUGCCGAUCAUCUCUACAGGCUAAAGACAGCUGAAAGCAAUACGAGUUUUUCUCCUCUCUCUUGGGAGGAAAGGCUUGACAUGUGUAUUGGUGCCGCCCGUGGAUUAGACCACCUUCAUAGUGGUACCAGCCAGAGUUUCAUACAUCGAGAUGUGAAGAGCACAAACAUUUUGAUAGACGAGAAUUGGGUAGCUAAGAUUUCGGAUUUCGGAUUGUCUAAAGGCCCUACAAGUCAUUCAAUAACCCAUAUAAGCACAGAAGUGAAAGGCACAUUCGGGUAUUUGGAUCCUGAUUACUUCCGUACUCUUAGACUGACUGCGAAAUCCGAUGUGUAUGCCUUUGGUGUGGUAUUGUUAGAAGUGUUAUUUGGGAGGCCACCCGUGGAUAGUAAACUAGACUCGGAGCAAAUAGGUUUAAUUCAUUGGGCUCAACAGUGCUUCAAAAAGGGAAAGUUUGCCGAAGUCAUUGACCCAUCUCUCAGUGGACAAAUAGCACAACCUUGUUUGAAGUCUUUUGUUGUACUUGCCAAAAAUUGCUUAAGUGAAAGUCCAAGAUCACGGCCUCCGAUGGCUGAAGUGUUGGGUAGGCUUGAGCUCGCAUUGUUAUCCCAACGGAGAGGAAGAACAGCGGGAAUAAUGACCAAGGCGUUUCAGAGUAUGAGGUUGUUGAGGGAGAGGAAGGACAACAGUUCCUCAAGUGGGCCAUCAAAUGAUUUGCUGAGCUCCAGUGAAGAUCCUGAAAUUCACUUUAAGUACAUUAAGGCAGCUGCCAAGGCUGGACAAAUCGAGGAGGUCGAACGCGUUACAAGAGAAUCGAACUUCUAUGAUCCUGAAAAGACAAAGAACUUCUUGAUGAAAGCAAAGCUUAGCGAUGCACGACCACUUAUCAAUGUAUGUGAUCGUUUUGGGUUUGUUCCAGAGCUGGCCCACUACCUUUAUUCAAACAAUAUGCUCACCUACAUUGAAGGUUACGUUGAGAAGGUAAAUCCAGGAAAUGCUCUGUUAGUUGUAAGGCAGCUGCUGGAUGACGACUGCCCUGAAGAUUUUAUUAAAGGCCUUAUUCUAUCUGUUCGUUCUCUGCUUAUAAUUGAACCACUGGUGGAGGAGUUUGAGAAAAGGAAACGGCUUCGAUUGCUUAACGAGUUCUUGGAUCAUCUUGCAUUGUUAUCCCAACAUAGAGGAAGAAAUGAGGGAAUAAGGACCAAGGCAUUUCAUAGGAUGGACCGGUGGUUCAUAACUGGUACCCAAUUAUACCGCCAUUUCUCGCUUGAUGACAUUUGUGAAGCCACAAAAUAUUUCAAUAAGAGCUUUUUGGUAAGUAAUUCUGACAAGGUGUAUAAAGGUAGUAUCUUAAUCGAUGGUAAAACUCGUGUGGUGGCGAUCAAAAGGUGUAUGAAACUUACUGCUGUUGGGGAUGAGAUUCAUCCAAAGAAACUGCUCCUCCACCCCAACAUACUCUCUCCGAUAGGAAUUUGCACCAAGAGAGGCGAGCUGAUCCUUGUGUACGAUUACAUGGCAAAUGGGUCCUUCCAAGAUCAUUUGCAUCCUACAGAUACUCCACUUCCGUGGGAAACGCAACUUAAAAUUUGCAUUGGAGCUGCACAAGGACUGGAGUAUCUCUAUGCAAACGAAGAGCGUGAACUCAACUACCGCCGCAUUGAACCAUCCGGUAUUCUACUGGAUGAGAAUUGGGUUGCAAAAGUUAUGCUUCCUGACAUGAGAACUAAGACCGAUAUCAGCGCAGGCAUACCUAGACUGGUUACAAGGGGCUACGACUCUGCAUAUGAGGAGGAGGACCUGUUCUCAUUCGGUGUAAUGUUGUUGGAAGUACUGACUUGUAACAAGCAGAUGGAUAUCUACCGGAACCCUGAACAUCGUGAUGUUCCACUGAGGGAUUCGUUGAGAAAUUUUUUCCAAUCCAAAAACAUUUAUCAGGUCAUGGAUCCGCACCUUAUUGGGGAAAUAGGACAGGAGUGUUUGAGGGUACUCGUCAAGACAACGUUGAGUUGUUUGUUUGAAGAGGGGAUCCAAAGACCGUCGAUACACCACGUAGUGAGGAGCCUCAGAUUUGCAUUGGAAAUGCAAGAGAAUUGGCAGAAGAGCUUUAUCAAAAAAGAGGCCAAUGCAGCAAAUCGUGCUGGAAAAUAUCAUACAAUAUAAUAUUUUAUUUUAGGUGUGAAUGGAAAUUGAUUUGUUUUGAAAUUGCAUCUUUUCAUCUGCACUUUUUCGCCGUGGACGGCUGCAGUUUUUACGAACAAUGUCUCUUUCCUUGGUGACUCUUUGGAAAGUCACCAGCUAGCAUAUAAAUAUCACUUUUCUAUUUCAUUU